AUGAGUGCCACAGCAGGACCGAGCGGAUCAAAUACACUCCCCGAUGGCACGAAACUMCCUCCGGGAGUAGUUCUAGACAAAGAUGGCAAGCCAUGCAAAACAUGCACGUCAGCCGCCUCCUGGCGCGCAAUGCUCAAACAAGCCUCGAUACCCGGCGGUAUAAAAGCCGGUGCCGGUGCUGCUGCUGCUGCUGCUACCACAACUCCAUCCACAUCCACAAACUUCCCUCCAUCGGCACCAUCAAGCCAAACCGACUGCCCCCCCGACGUCGAAGAACUCGGACGCUCAACCUGGACCUUCCUACACACCCUAACCGCAACCUACCCAACCUCCGCCACCCCCGAAAAACAAACCCAAAUGCGCUCCUUUCUCGGGCUCUUCUCCAACUUGUACCCAUGCUGGGCAUGCGCCGAAGAUUUCCGGAACUGGAUGGCCGAGCCCACGGGGAAGAAUGAKCCGAGACUGUCGAGUAGAGCAGAGUUUGGGCAGUGGAUGUGCGAGGCACAUAAUGCUGUGAAUCGCAAGUUGGGGAAGAAGGAGUUUGAUUGUAACUUUUGGGAGGAGAGGUGGAGAACUGGGUGGAAGGAUGGGCGAUGUGACUGA